AUGCCGAGCAAACUUCAUCUCAAACGAACUCCAGCAGAACAGGCGGCUCAUGACCUGCGCAAAGCCCGCAAAGCUGCCCGUCGCGCGAAGAAACACUCACAUUCCCCUUCUUCUUCCCACCGCCAUCGCAAAUCCUCAAAACCAUAUUACAACGAAGCCCCGCCAGACGCAGAAGACGACACCGAUGAUGCCUAUGGACCUCCACCACCACCGAAGCCCAAAGCCGGUCCAUCGAACUACACUUAUGAAUUUGACUUUGACGACCCACCAGGGCCUAUGGAUAUGGGUAUAGACGAGGAAGAGAUUCGCGCACGAGUGGAAGAAGAACGGUUUCGAGAGAAGAUGUUUGGUGCUUUUCAGGACGACGAGAGAUUAGAUGCUGUGGAGGCCAACAUGAAUGACUAUGCGCAUGUGCCGAGGCGGUGGAGAGAAGAUGCGGUGAGCACAGGGAAGAGGGCGUAUGCAGGGGGAGCGAGUGGCUUAGAUAAAGUGCUUUGGGACAGCGCUGAUCCAGCAACUAUGGACGAGGAGGAGUAUGCGGAGUGGAUAAGGGCUGGAAUGUGGAGGAAAAAGAACGCAGCUACCAUUGAGGCCCAAGCAGCUGCUGCUGCCCGUCAAGAAGCCCUCAAAGCCGAAGCAGCCCGUCAAGAACGCGAAGCCGAAGCCAUUCGCCAUCGUAGACGUAGAGAACGUCAACACCGACGAGAGCAGGAUGCAAGAGGCGACUACGAACGUCGAUGGCUUGAACUCUUGCUUCCUUCCAAUGCUAGUGCCACCGCCACAUCUACCCCAACCCUCCUAGGGUUCUCCGACAUCCCCUGGCCCAUUCUUCACGGUAAACUACUAGGCGUCGAAGAUCUCACAUCAGAGGCUAUCUCGUCGUUCUUAUUCCCCGUGACAUUCGACGACGAAGACUCGGCGUCAAGAGCAAGUAAGAAGAAGGAAAAACUCAGGGAGACGAUGUUGAAGUUUCAUCCUGACAAGUUUGAAGGGAGGAUCAUGAAGAGGGUUAGGGAGGAGGAGAAAGAGAAGGUCAGAGAGGGUGUGAGUGCGGUGGUCAGAGCAACAAGCGCUUUGAUGCAGACGUCGAGUGGAGGGUAAAUUGAUUCGGAGGGUCGGUGUGGCUUUCUGGCCGAUGGACUGGGGCUUAGUAGAGAUGAUGGUUUGCUUUGUCCUGUGUCUCGUAGCUGUAUUAUAAUCUCGUCUUGUGUCUAUUCGUAU